AUGCGGGGAAAUAAUAUCUUCUUCGGAAUUUGGCUUACAAUAGCUAGUCUCUCUAAAGCAAUUCACAAUCCGAUCAUAUCAGGAUGGAAUCCCGAUCCCUCGAUUCUUCGGGUUCAAGAUGACUACUACAUAGCUACAUCUAGCUUCGAGUAUUUCCCGGGAAUUCCCAUCUACAAAAGCCGUGACCUGUCCAAUUGGACACUAAUAUCACAUGCUUUUACACAACCUGACCAACUACAGCUCUAUGGCACGCCCACAGGAGCAGGAGCCUGGGCGCCCUCAUUGGCUCAUUUUGACGGAAAAUUCUGGAUUGCUUCCAUGACGCGUUGGACAUACGAUCCAGUCGCCCGAGUGUGGCCACGUGUAUUCUUUGCGUCGUCUAUCGACUUGAUUCACUGGUCUGAGCCUACCUGGGCUGAUCCGUGGGGCAUUGACCCAGAACUAUUCAGAGAUCCCGUUUCGAAAAAGACGUACCUGAAUCUUAUGGCACCGAAUAACAACCAAGACCGACUCUGGGGUAUUUACCAAUGCGAGAUCAGUCUGAAAGACGGGAGCUGUAGUGGGCAGUAUCGGAGUUUGUGGAACGGUACCUUGGCCCACAAUGCUACAGCUCGGCCGGAAGGGCCAAAGAUGACAUUUAAAGAUGGCUGGUAUUACCUCUUGAUCGCGGAAGGUGGAACUGAUGAUCUGCACCGCUCGACUAUCGCCAGGAGCAGGUCGCCGGAAGGCCCCUUUAAGGCUGGACCGAACAAUCCUCUUCUGUUCAAUGGAGCGUAUGGGUUCGAUAAUCUGACGGUGCAAUCUACGGGACAUGCUACCAUGGUAGAAACCCCAGCUGGUGAAUGGUAUGCAGCUUUCUUGGCUCGCAGGAAGAUAAAUGGAAGCUCUCCACUGGGACGAGAAACUUUCCUCACAAGUGUCACCUGGAAAGAUGGAUGGCCAAUAUUCAACGACGGGAAACCGAUUCUCCUGAGCGAAGAAGUUGGGCCGGUAACUGGCAAGCGCCGCAUUCCGCCUCCAUUCGUGGACAACUUUUCUUCUCAGAAGCUAGAUUCUGAAUGGUACCAGCUGAGAACUCCUUAUACUCGCAACUUCAAGGUGCACAAAGGUAGUAUCGAGUUGAGACCAAAUGUGUUUAGCCUUAGCGACAGGGACACACCCGCGGCGCUUCUCCGAAAGCAGAAAUCCCUCAAUAUGACAUUUUCCGCAGAGUUAUUGGGCUUCAAUAAGACGUUGGGACCAAAGAACCAGGUUGGAAUCUCUUCGUAUCUCUCCGAGUUUCAGCACCAGGACAUUGGCUAUCAUCAAAUUCCCCUCAACACCACAAAGCUGACAGAGCCCCUCGUGUUGCACAUUCGCGCCACUCCGCUACUUUACCAACUUGGCUACAGUUUAGGUAAUGCGCUUCAGCCAAAUUACAUAGCGGAGAUUGCCUCGUCUUGGCAGGCAUUCGCACCAGCAAACUAUUUUGUUUUCUCGGGCGCGUCAUUUGCCAUUUUUGCGACGGGACUUGGAGAGCCUUGGCCGUAUGAUGGGCCGGUCGUUGGGUUUAAGAGAGUCACUGAGACGUAUUAUGAAGAGAACAUCCCGGAUCAUGACAUCUGGGACAAGGAACAAUCGGUUGGAACUUGCACGUAA